AUUUUGUUCUGGUGCUAUGUGUCAUCCUAGUAACAAAAUGGAAUGAAAAAUGGAGUUACAUAGAGAAACGAAAAUAUUUGUGAGUUAAGUUAGAUUAUAAUUUUUCUACUUAAGAUUAACAGCGAGAUUUUAAAAAUUAUGUUUAGUUAUCCAUAAAUUACGAAGCAAAUUUUUUUCCCCCUAACAUUCUUUGCUCUAGCAAUGAAUAAAUUGAAUGAUCCAUAUAUGGAUAAAGUAUGGAUAAAUAUCUGCUGAUCUCAAUGGGAAAAAAUUAUUUUUAAAAUGUAUCUCAACAUUUCAAUAUUUAUGAUACUUAUAUAAUUAGGAAUGAAUUAAAUUUUUCAUUUCGAUAUUUUUCUAAAACAAUUUGAAUAAGAUGGAAAAUGAUAAGUUUUCUGCCUUUGACAUUGUUUUCUUGGAGUAAUUGAUAGGUCCACAAGAAAUUCAUUAAUAAUGGGUUUUAAGUACUUAAACUCCAAAACGUUAACAUUUCCUCCUAUUUCUUUCACAGGCUUGAAAUAGGCAGUAGUGAAACUUUGCUUGUAUUGCUCAUUCUGUGUGUAGUUGUUGGUGUUGCAUAUGAUGACAAAGAAGCCAAGACAAGGCAAGCACUGGUUAUUAUUUGCAACCUUUUACUGGUGAGUCUUGCAAUAAAUAACAAGAUGUGUAAUAAACAGUUUCAAUGUUUAUUUUCUUUAAGACUCGUUUAUAUUUGAUUAAUUUAAUGUACAUUUUAACAAAUUAUAUCUUUUUCAAACUGAAUAGGAUUAAGUUGUUUUUUUCUCCUCUCACUCAACUGUAAACAAGCAUUGAUCAUUGAAUCUGAGACAUUUAUCAUACCAAGAAAAUUGGGAAUGAUUGUUUUAAUUUGUAUGAUUGUUUAGAUUGGUAUCAUUGUUAACAUUGUUAUGAAAAUUUUUAAUGGUUUUGUCUACGUGUACAUAUUUUUUCAGUCAUUUGCAGUAGCAAUUUUGUUAACAGUUAUAAAGAAACCCGUAAGUACCAAAUGACUGCUACUUUUACUCACUCUCCUUUUUUCUACUUGUAAAUUCGUUAGUUGAUUUUGCUAUUAAUUGGUUUUUACUCACAUAUGAAACUAAUUUACAUAUCUGUAAAUGUGGUUCAGAAAACAAAAUACUCACUGAUGGGAUAAUGCAGUAAUUGGGAGAAUCCAUACAAUGAUAAGAGGAGUAUUUUUUAUUUAGUUUUCCUAGUUGUGAGAAUGAAACUCUCAAUGUAGGGUUUCAUGCGAUCACCCCCAGUGCCAGGGGCCCAUGGGGUGGCAUUUCAGAGGUGUGAGGUGUCAUUUCAGGGGUUGUGGUGGCAUUUCAGUUGGUGCAAGGUAACAUUUCAAUGGUUGUGAGGUUACAUUUCAGUGGGUGUGAGGUGGCAUUUCAGGGAGGGGGGAUGUAACAUUUCAGGGGGCUAGGGGGCAUUUCAAUGAGAGUGAGGUGGCAUUUCAAUGGAAGUAAGGUGGCAUUUCUGGGGAUGUGAAGUGAUAUUUCAAGGGGCGUGAAGUGGCAUUUCAGGGGCGUGAUGUGUAAAAGGGAUUAUUAUAAUUUUCCUUCAUGCAAUAAGUCAGUUUUAUUUUCUAUUUUUAUUUCAACUAUUAAACAAGAAGUCCAUUAUUUUCAAUGUUAAAUUACAUUGUUACUUUUGUUGGGGGUAAUCCUUGGUAAAACAAUUCAUAAGGGAGGUGAGAGUGAGACUUCAACAAUAACUUUUAAAGGGUGCAGAGUAUAGAAAAUAUUGGGAGACACUGUCUUAAUGAAUAAUUGGAGAACACACCUACAUAAACUAUUUACUUGAUUUGUAACUUUUUAUAAUUAACUUAUGAAAAUUAAUUUUAACACUUAUACAGCAUUGUUCUUUGCUAAUUUCCUUAUUUAAUCAUAAACAAAUGUCAUCUCUAAAUUCACCAGUAGCUUACAUUAUAAACUUAGUGCUUGAUUUUUAAAAAAAAUGUCCUUGCAAUUUUUUUUUUUUUUAGAUGAGAUUAUCAGCUUUCACAAUGUGUCCACCAACCAGAAAUGCUAGUCAUAAAUUUUCAGCUUUCAAGGGUAAGAAGAAGCAAUUAAAUAAUUUAUUUUGUAUAAUUAAAACUAUUGAUUUUAUCUUUUAAUAUUAAAGAAAUGAUGAUGAAAUUGUUAUGAAUUUAUUACCUCCGAAAUCUAAUCCAAUGAAGUCAUCAAAUACAGCUAAAUGCUUAAUAUUUGUAAAAUAUUUAAAUUUACAAAAGUCUGUUGGUGUUACUUUAAAUGUGGUCUUCAACUAAAUAAAUAAUCAUUGGUCUUAUAAAAUUAAUUUAUUAUUUUUACAAAAUCAGAAGACCUAAAGAGCUUAAAUCUAAAAUUUAAAAUAUUUUUUUUUAAGGAUAUUCAUUUUUUUUUAAUUUCAGCUUUUGUACUGCCGGAAAACCAUGCUGACCAUGCCAGGGCAGAAGUUGAACGCAUCCAUGAGUACUGUGAUCGUGUUGAUCGUGAACGCUACACCAACGAACACAGGCGCCAACUUCGCUACCUCCUCAGUAGCAGCAGUGCCAGUGGCUCAUCCAGUGCCUCACCGCCUCCGGAAGAGACCACGACCGGCUCAAAAACUGUUCAAAUCCACAAUCAUCGGGUCAGCUUCCAAAAGAAAGACAUGAGUGAACUCAGCAUCACAGACAGUGGGAUAUCAAGCAUGUAUACUGCAAGUGAAAAAUCAUCAACUACAACUCCACCAAUGGAGAGAGUUGUACAAUAUAAGUAAAAACUGUCAUGAAAAGGGAAAUUUCCGAAAACAUUUUCCAGAGUUACGGGUAAAGUGUAAAAAAAAAAGAGAGAUUAAGAGAA